UCCCCUGCUAUGGGAUCUGCUCUCUGGUCCUGCAAGCCUAAUUAAAACAGGCAAUGAUCAUCUAGCCUUCUGAGUAGAAUUAAAAUGGGUGACUGCAGUAAAUUGGAUUUCUUUUCUUUCCCCAGCGUAGGAACCAUGGAGCUGCUGCCGCCCAACAUCCCACACACCUGCGUGGCUGCUGUGGUCAUCGUCUGCACCAUGGGAGCGAUGGACGUCUACCUGGUGGAGCAGAACGCCGGAGCCCACCGGCUGGGCGUGGGCGCCCUGGCGCUCGCCGGAGACCUCUUCUUCCUGCUGGUGCUGCGCUACGCCACGACCUGGGUGGGCGGCGAGGCCCGGCUGGCCCAGAGGGGUUACGCCAUGGUGCUGUGGUUCCUGUUCGCCUUCGCUCUGGAGAUCAAGCUCUACUUCAUCUACCAGCAUUACGCCACCGAAGGGCGGGCCCCGGACCCUCUGGCCCGGCGCACCCUGACCCUCCUGCUCUCCGUCUGCGUCCCGGCCCUCUACAUGGUGCUAGGAGCCACCGAGCUGGUGGCCCAGGCGGCGGCCAGCUUCCGCAAGAAGGACGAACUGCGGGGCCGCCUCUUCUGGGUGGUUCUGGACCUGCUCGACGUGCUGGAAAUCCAAGCCAGCCUGUGGGAGCCGCAGCGGCGGGUCCUCCCCCUGUGGGCCGAGGGCCUGACGUUCUUCUACUGCUACGGCCUCCUGCUGGUCCUGCCUUGCGUGUCGCUGAACGAGCUGGGGGUGCGGGGCCCGCGCCCCGGCAGCCUCUACCCGCUGCUGAGCCUCGCCAGCGUCAACAUGGCCACCCUCUUCAUCCGCGGAGGGCUUCUGCUUCUCUGCCACGACCAGCGCAUCUCUUCCAUCUUCAUGGGCAAGAACGUCCUGGCCAUCGCGCUCAAGUGUUGCGCCGCCCUUCAGCACCACCACAGCGCCCACGCCAGGGAGGAAGCCAGCCAAGGGUGCCCUCUGGGGGCCCAGUCCCUGACACCGAGCCCAGCGGUGGGGCAGCCGCUCCGGAGACACACGGGAACCGUGGGAGAAGCCUGCCCCAUCCACGCUGCUUCUCCGGAACCACUUCUGAGAUGUCUUCAGACCACGACGGGCCCGUUCUGCAGACAUUUCACAGGAAUGCCAUCUGGGGGUCCUGCCCCAGCCGCCACCGCCGCCGUCCCCCACAGACACCCCCUGUGCACAGACAGACAGGCCCACCGCCAUGCCCAGUUCCACAAUCACCCCCACGUCGCCCAAGGCUUUCACCACUACGGCCACGCCACCCAACCCUCGCCGACCGCCUUGCCAGGGUCCCGCCCCUCCGCUUCCGGGAGGCUCCCCGCGGGCCGUCACAUCCAGCUGAAAUCUGUCCUGGCCCGCGAGGCACCUUGAUGACACCUGGACAAAAGCCCCACCUGCCCUGCCUCUGUGCUCAGAGAGUGGAAAUGGCAGCAGGCACAUCGUGAGGCGUGAGAGCAGAAGUCAGUCACCCCUGAGGUUAGCGUGGGCACCGUCGCCCGGAUGAGUCUCAGCAAGCCAACAGAUGUUCUGCCCCACAGCACGGAGGGGAACUGGUUGGCCCCAGGCCCCACCGCUUCAUCUCUGCCCGAGAGCAACGCAGCCCCAUUGCUAACUGAUCCCAGAGGGGCCCUGGCUAGCAUAUUGUCUCCAGUCUGUUCCCAUUCAUCUGUUCUCCAUUCUGCUCUUCCCGAUUCUCGGUAUAUUCAGGAGGUUUAUCUGCACCCCAUGGGUUCAGAAACGGCAGCACUUUUUAGGCUAUGGGGUCCCGGGGGUACAUACGGUGACGCCCACCUCCGAGCAACUCCUCUUGCAAGGCAAACACAACAGUUGUGCAAACACAAGGGUUUGGGCGGCAUUUUGAAUAGGUCGCUUGAAUCCCACCAAGGGCCAGAUAUUCGGAUCCUAUGAGGCUCGUCCUCGGACCGAGCUUUCCAGAGCUUGAAAGAGGUAAGCGAAGGAAGAGAAAAGGCCAAAAAUCAUCCCAAUUAGAUGCUGAUUCUAUCCCAGUUCCUACAAUCUCUGUUUCUCCCUUUCCUCCAGCCCCACGCCAGGGCGGUUCUUCCCAGUCGGAUUAAAAGCUCUUGAUAACUCACCUUCUGUGACAUGUUAGAGGUACAAAACAUUUUUUUCGUUUGGCAAGACGUGCUCCUUCAUACAGCGGAGGACGCCCAGAAGAUGCAAGAGCUGUGUGCCUAGAAGGUGUAAAUUGCUUUCUGUUCUUUUCCAACUUCUUCUUAGUUCCCCUCUGUUUGGCCGGCCAGGCACUCCUUCUCACACUACUGUAAUACGCCCAGUUCUGGACACUGCUCUUUCAGAAGGAAGCCGACAA